CUGCCACAUAGGGAGGGCUUGGAGCUCUGUUCGGUCGCUGUUUUUAUCAGCACGCUGUCGGUUCUCCCACAUAAGGAAGUUAUUGCUGGCACUUCUUGGCCUCUCGUUGGUCGAAUGAAUAGACCACGUGAAUUCGACCAAUGAGGAGUCAAGAAACAGCAGCAUGCUGGCAGCCUGCUGAUUAAAAAAACUGACCGAUUACCGAACAGUACCCAGAAGACAGAUGACGUCACAGGGUGUGAAGGUUUUGUCGAUUUUAUAGACACUGCUGUGCAGCAAAUAAUCUUGUUUAGGCUCUAAUGGAUAAGCGAGCCCAAAGGUUAAUAUCAAACUGCCUUAGAGACAAAAAUUCUCGAAGGCAAGUAUUGACGAAGAUUGGCAGACACCCUCUGACGUUAUCUUUCAAGAUCACCGAUGUAAACAAACAGCUAGCUGAGGUGCCACCACGGACGAGACGCUGUAGUGGCUAGCCUGUAGCCACGGGUAUCGGUGACUCCGCUGCUGCUGCGGACAACUGGACACAAUGCCGAGCGAGGAGCGCCGUCACAAGGAGCGGCUGCUGGUGCGCUCUUACCGGGACCAGCUGACUGCUCUGGAGGCGGCUCAGCAGGACGGUCUGGCCGACAGGAGCCUGCAGCAGCGGCUGGACGAGGCGGAGACCCUCUACCGGAAAUGUGAGCUGCCCGAGUCGACGGUGGCAGAGGUGGACGGCCAGCUGGUGGCUCAGCUGUCGAGCGAGCUGUCACGCAGCGUCCGCAACGCCAGCGCCGGGCCCAUCACCUUCCAGCCGGCCGACUUUGCCGCUCGCCUGUCGGCGGCUGUCAACCAGGAGGAUUCACUGACGCCCAACGCCUGGGCUGGCUUGGGCCGGCUCACGGCGAAUCUGCUGGGGCCCUGUCCCGGGCUGCAGCUGCUCAACGGAACGCUCGGAGUGCCCAACGCGCCGCCAGCCGAGCGCAAGCAGCGCGCGCCGCGCGCCCGUCCCAACGCGCUGUCGGCUGCUGUGGCGCCCGACAAGGUCGUGGAGGUGGCCGAGCCAGGCGCCACGCCUCAGCAAAUCAACAGACUGGAGUCGACGUUGAAAGCGCUCUACAGACGCCUGGGGAAGCCCAUCAGCUUCUUCGAGUUCGCGUACCACCCAACAGACUUCGGCGUCACUGUGGAGAACAUUUUUCACGCGUCCAUUCUAGUAAAGAUGAAAAAGGCCCGGCUGUACCACAAGCACGGACUACCCGUACUGGAGCCAGUGUCGGGUGGAGCGGCCCCAGCCGGUGGCGAUGCCGCAGGGGACAAACAUCAGAUGCUGUUCAGAAUCGACCACGAAUCAUGGCGGCGCAUCGUGAAGGAGUUCGGCAUCAAGAAGGCGCUGAUCCCGCCUGCAGAGGGGCGCCAAUAGGGCGGCCCCUGGCGCCGUCGGCACUUGGUCUGACGGUGUUGGUUGAUGCCCGGGUAUCAAAGUGCGCUGGACGUUACGCGUAUGUUGAUGCUUUCUGGUCGUGUUUUCAUUGAGCGGCGUGACAUGUGAUUAGUCGAACCGUAGAACAAGUGCCUUUUGAGAUGAGCUGCCAAUGGCAGAAGCCAUCAUGUAAGUGCAUUGUGAAACUGCAUUGCAUUUUGCUUGAGUACAAAUGAAGUUUUCAUAUUCAUCAUGCAACUGAAUAACCAUUUAGAAUAUGAUUAGGGAAAUUAACCUUACUGCUGCGGCAAUGAAAUCGCUUGAAUUUAAAAGAUCAAACAUUUGUAGAAGAUCACGAUUUCUCUAUAGAUUCUUGACUUUUUAUUCUAACUUUUUUGGUUAUGGGAGGUUCUUAUUUUCUUAAACUCUAAAAUUAUGCUUGAAAUGUCUCACAAUUGUUAUCAUUUUUUGCGAGGUUUGGUUAUGAUCAGUGUCAGAAAAAACGUUUAUGAAAAUGGUCUUUCAGUUGCAUGAUGAUAUGUAAUUGGGCCAUCUUAAGUGGGUUUGCUACAUCGUAUUACAGGUGGCACAACCGUUGUAUCUGUUUUACGAGUAUCUACUGCUAAAGUGGCGAGCUUUUUCAUAGUUUCUUCACUUAGUCAUGUGUUGAUUUGGGCAAGCAAUGAUUUUACUUGCCUUUUGUGUAAUUGUAUAUAUGUGUUUUAGCUUAUCAUUCCAGACAUGCGAGGGCUGCAUUCAUUUCCAUUUAAGAAAAUGUUAUGUUAGCCAUGUUGCUGUUUCAUUUAUAAUACACAGUGUUGUUUUAA